AUGAGUGACCAGCAUGGAUAUGGACCCGUAGUCAACGGGACCCUCCGGCCCGCGGGACUUGCGUUUGUCGCUCUGUUUGGGAUUAUCACGCUGUGCCAUUUUGUCUAUAGCAUUCUUCGUUUGCGAGCGUGGUUUUGUAUCCCCUUAAUUCUGGGUGGUAUAUCAUCGCUGUAUAUGAUAAAAGCUCUUACUGCCAAGCAGCUUUCUUGGCUGAGUCUGCGCUGGAUGACCCGGAUCUACGUGCUGGUCGAUAUCGCCUGUAUUAUAACACAGUUUAUGGGAGCAGGUAUGAUGUCUUCUGGCGACGCCAGCAAAUUAGCCGUGAGCAGGACGCUCAUCCUCGGUGGUUUAAUCACGCAAUUUGUGGCAGUGAUCUUUUUCGUCUUGAUGUGCUGCCAUAUCCAUAUGAAGCUUCGGGCCGAAGUGUGGAUUGGGGUCGUUCGAUGGGCGAGUGUCUUUAUGGCUAUUGAGGCCAUAGGCCUUUUGUUGCUCAUUCGAACCAUUAUUUGCGCUGUGGAAUAUCUCCAGGGCAGUGGCGGAUUUGUAGUGUCCCAUGUGUUUUUCAUUUAUGCUUGCGAUGCUGUGCCAACGUGGCUUAUGAUGGCCUUACUCCUAGUAUUUCAUCCUGAGCAAAUCGUUCAACAAGCGGGGAGCGUGAAGGGCCGAGAAGGGCCAGAUGACACUCAUAUUCUGCUUGCAAAUCAAAGCGUCCGAACCUUUCACUGGGACUCUGGUCUCUCCCCACCUAACACAGCGCAUCAAGCUGACUUCUUCAUUGACGCUUACUCUCACGACUGCGAUACCUCUGACGAACCCUGA